GGUAGAGUCUGUGUAAUAACCAAUAAAACUUGCUGUUUGCAUAUCGACUCCUCAGUUGAGGUUCGUAAGACCACCUUUGACAAAAUCAGACAACAGCUCUCAGGUAAAUGCAGCUCCUCACAACCUGAACUGAGUUGAGAAGAAGGAAUUGGAUUUGGAAAGUGUUCAGAUACAAGGCCAUUUGUAGGCAUUCAUCUCUACAGACAGGAGUCUACUUUCACCCACCAGCUGGACAAUUUCACAAUCAUCAGUAUUUUAUACAGGACAAUGACCUAAUAAGAUGGUUAAUCAUCAGUGAACUGAUUUUAAAAAAGCCAAAUAACUAUUUAAAGAGAGACUUAAACAACAGAUAAAGGAUGGGCCUGUCGCAGUUGCUAUAGGAUUCUAAGUUCAGGUGAUCAUUUUGAACCAAGCAUCAACGACAAUUAAGAACAUUGAUGAAUCUGUAGUUCAAACAUGGACCAAAAUCAGCAUUCGAAUAAGACAACAGAGGCAACAUCUUCAGAGAAAAAGACAACUAGAUGCUGUGAUGGAUUCAAGAUGUUUUUCUCAGCCCUGUCAUUCAGCUUUAUUGCUAAAGCACUAGGUGGAAUCGUUAUGAAAAGUUCCAUUACUCAAAUAGAAAGGAGAUUUGACAUAUCCUCUUCUGUUGCUGGCUUAAUUGAUGGAAGCUUUGAAAUUGGAAAUUUGCUUGUCAUUGUGUUUGUAAGUUACUUUGGAUCCAGACUGCACAGACCCAAGUUAAUUGGAAUUGGUUGUUUAGUUAUGGGAACUGGAAGUAUUUUGACUGCCUUACCACAUUUCUUCAUGGGAUAUUACAGGUAUUCUAGAGAAACUCAUAUUGACACAUCAGAAAAUUCAGCAUCAAGCUUAGCAACCUGUUUAAUUAAUCAAACUUUACCAUUCAAUGCAACCUCACCUGAGAUACUGGGAAAAGGUUGUGUAAAGGAAUCAGGGUCGUACAUGUGGAUCUAUGUCUUAAUGGGGAAUAUGCUUCGUGGAAUAGGGGAAACCCCCAUCUCUCCACUGGGGAUUUCCUACCUUGAUGAUUUUGCUAGGGAAGGACAUUCUUCUUUCUAUAUAGGUUGUUUGCAUUCAAUAGCAAUGAUUGGUCCAAUCAUUGGCUUUAUACUGGGAUCUCUGUGUGCUAAACUGUACGUGGAUGUUGGAUUUGUAGAUCUGAGCACUAUCAGAAUAACUCCUAAAGACUCUCGUUGGGUUGGUGCUUGGUGGCUUGGUUUCCUAGUGUCUGGACUAAUAUCCAUUACUUCUUCCAUACCAUUCUUUUUCUUGCCCAAAAGUCCACAUACACCACAGAAAGAAAGGAGAAUUUCAACAUCUUCGCAUUUGCUCAAAACAGAAGAAGAAAGGAAUCAGUCUGCUAAUUUGCCCAACCUUAAAAACAGUGUUACCAAUAGUGUGACUGGUUUUUUCCAGUCUUUGAAAAGCAUCCUAACCAAUCCCCUGUAUGUUCUAUAUGUAAUUUUGACAUUGUUACAAGUAAGCAGCUUUAUUGGUUCCUUUACUUAUGUCUUCAAAUACAUCGAGCAACAGUAUGGGCAGUCAGCAUCUCACACUAACGUUUUGUUGGGAUUCAUAACCAUACCUACCAUGGCAACUGGAAUGUUUUUAGGAGGAUAUAUCAUUAGAAAAUUCAAACUUACCUUAGUUGGAAUUGGCAAAUUUGCAUUUUUUAGUUCUUUGGUAUCCUGUCUCUUUUACGCAUUAAAUUUUAUUCUAAUCUGUGAAAACAAAUCAGUUGCCGGCCUGACCUUGACCUAUGAUGGAAAUAACCCAGUGACAUCUCAUUUGGAUGUACCACCUUCUAACUGCAACUCAGAUUGCAAUUGUGAUAAAAGUCAAUGGGAACCAGUCUGUGGGAACAAUGGAGUAACUUACCUAUCACCUUGUCUAGCUGGAUGUAAGUCUUCAAGUGGCAAUAAAAAGUCUAUGGUAUUUCAUAAUUGUAGUUGUGUGGAAGAAACUGGUUUUCAGAAUAAAAAUUACUCUGCCCAUUUGGGUGAAUGCCCAAAAGAGGAUGCUUGUACAAAGAAAUUUUACAUUUAUAUAACAGUGCAAGUCUUGAAUGCUUUUUCCUCUGCACUUGGAGCCACCUCAGUUAUCUUGCUAACUGUUAAGAAUGUUCAGCCUGAAUUGAAAUCACUUGCAAUGGGUUUCCAUGCACUGGUUAUACGAUCACUAGGAGGAAUUCUAGCUCCAAUAUAUUAUGGGGUUCUGAUUGAUAGAACAUGUAUGAAGUGGUCUACGAACAGCUGUGGGAAACAAGGGUCUUGUAGGAUAUAUAAUUCUACUUUAUUUGGAAAAGUCUAUAUUGGCCUGUCUAUAAGCUUGAGAUGCCCAGCACUUCUUUUGUAUAUUGUAUUAAUUUUUUUCAUGAAGAAAAAAUGUCAAGGAAAAGAUACCAAGCCACCAGAAAAUGAAAAAAAUGUCAUGAAUGAAGCCAACAAGGAAUCUUUAAUGAACAAUGAAUAUUGUAUACCUUCUGAUGUAGCAGAAGUUGAAACAUGCGCUUGAGGGAAAAAACCACUUCUGUUGCUAGGUAUUUGUAUUGGGUUGAUUGGAAACUUCCUGCUCCUUUCAUUGAGAAUUCCCACAUUCUUUACUUAUGAUGGAACAGUGAAUAAGCCUAUGAAUUUAUAAUAAACUAUAAAUAAAAAGGAA